AUGUCUCGUCCCAUUAUAGCAGCUACUGAAACCAGCAUACCUCUUAGUGAGAUCGAUCGAUUGAAGCAAAAGGUCAAGGGACUCGAAGAGCAGCUUGAGACUGAGCGCACUUCAUUGAAGAGUGUCAGUUCAGAUCGGCUGCCCCAGGCGGAGCUGACACCUCCCACAUCGUUGGACUCCCCAUCGGUCACCGAUGUCAGUGUGCCGCGAGAUCCGGCUCGUUCUCGAGUCUGGGAGGGUGUAUAUGCCAGCACCGCCCAGUCCCCACAGAAAACAUGGUAUGGCCCAUCCUCUGCAUACUACUUUAUCAGCCGGAUGAACGCAUAUUUGGCAUCCGUAUUCCAACAGCUACAUCCAGACGAUCAUAUACAGCUGAAGUCUGUAGCGAAGUCAUUUGCCACACCGGACUGGACCCCUAUUGCAGACGAGAACAAGGCAGAUGUGAAAGAUACGAACCUGCCAACGUCUACUGAGGACUAUCUGACGCCGUCACAAGAGGAGUACUUCUUGGAUCUGUUUUGGCAGUCGUAUCACACAUCCCUGGUCAUUCUCAACGAGGCCGAAUUCAAAGUGCACUACAAGUCAUUAUUAGCGAAGCCAGGAAAGCCGAGGAAGUCAUCCGCUCUCGUUGACAUUGUCAUUGCUGUGAGCAUGCAGGUCGGCAUGGCCAUCAUCCAACGGAACAGCUCUAGAACGCUGAAUAGUGCUGACGUGGGCCAAGACGAUCCCAGCAUAGCUGGGCGCUUCUACUACCGACGGUGUCAACGGCUACUGAACAGCGAGCAGGAAAACCCGACCAUCAUGACCGUACAAUGUCAUAUGCUUUCAGCCAUAUACCUCUGCUGUGCCUCGUUCCAGAACAUGUCGCACUCGGCUCUGUCGCUUGCAGUCCGCACGGCCCAUAUGCUCGGCCUGCAUACAGAGCCAGCAGACGACCUGCCCUUUUCCCAGAAAGAGAUGCACCGACGCCUUUGGUGGACACUUUACACGUUUGAGAGCAAGACUUGCAUGAAGUUGGGUCGACCCUUUUAUGCCGAUCUGUACUCAACGUCCUGCAGUCUACCGGCAGAUGACAACACUGUCGCUAGCCUUGCCGGUUCCGACUUUGCGCCCCUUGACGAGAAUGCAACUUGGCUCACAUACACUUUGCACAACACUCAUUUGUUGUUGGCUGCGCGUGGAGUUCACAUGGCCCUGUACGACAAGUAUCCAGAGAUCUACAACGGCAGCAAGGGCCGGGUUAUUUACGAUGAUCCGAUAGCCUUGGAGUGCUACGCCGGUUUCCUUGCUUCCGAAAUCAAACGCCUUGAUACGUGGGUUCGAUCCGUCCCCAACGCUUUGAAGACCAAGCGCAUAGGAGGGGGCGUGUCCUUGUCAACAGAUCAUCAGCCUCUCGCCGUUGAGCAGUUUGCGCCCAUCUGGCUUCAACGUCAGCGGCUGAUUCUCGAGUUGCUCUACCACAAUUUGGCGAUGAAUCUCUACAGACCGUUCAUUUCCUUUCCCUCCCUUUCUUUCGAUCCCUCGCCGCUAGGUUCGAUGACCCGGUCGCAUGCCACAUCGUCGGUCGAACACGGCAUGACAUUGACACGCAUCAUGCACCAGGUCCUUUCGGAGAGUGAUGCCCUCCUGACCGGUUGGCAUGAAGCCUUCCAAUGGCAAUGGAACGCGGCACUUACUCUCGCCGGCUACCUGUUCGCCCACCCUGACAGCGCCGGAACUUCGGUGGCUGUGCGACAAGCAAUCGAUCUGGCGGUGGCAGCCUUCGAGAUCUUCGGGCGCAGCUUCGGAGCCGCAAACAGUGCGGCAAUGGUGAUGCGUGACCUGGCGGCGAAAAUCGAUUUCCUUGCCGACAUCAGCCGCAAUAGCGAGGCGCAACCCCCAGCUCUGGAGAACCCUCCCGUCGAUAUCGUCAGCGGAGGCCCCUUCCCGGAAGCCGGUGCCCUCGUGCCCCCGAAUGAGAACGAUGCAAUCUCUAUGCAGAACAUGCUGGCCGACUCUAUGGAUAUGGCGUUCUCGGUAGACACCUCAUCUAACCUUGAUAUGCUGUGGCCCUCGAUCGGAAACACGUCAGGCGAAUGGUGGUACGACUUCAACAAUAACCAGGGCCCUAGGUUGGAUAUGAUUGAUGAAUCGUUCGCCUGA